AUGGAGACUGGAAGAUUGCCAUUAAAAGAUUUAUCAAAUUUUCAGGUCAAUAAAUUGAGUAUUCUGAAUACAAGAAAUAACAUUCACUUGUUGAAGAACUCAAAGCAUGUGCAUACUACGUUACCAUCGAUAAAAUCGUUGAUAUCACCAACACCAGUAGAUCCUUAUACAAAGCAAUUGACUCCAACUACACCUUCUGUAUUUUUAAAUAAUAUUCAGCAAGCAGAUGAUAAGAAUGUGGUUAGUGGUGGCUCAUUCACGGCGUUCAAAAGAGCAAGUGAAGGUCAAUUGUCAAAAAAAUUACAAAUAAGAUUACAAUUUGCAUAUUACAAGUAUAUUACCAACCAAAUAGAUUCAAAGUUUAAAGAUAUUAAAAAAAAACACAAGAAUAGUGUUGGUGGUAUUCGUUAUUCUCAGUACAAAUCAAAAGAACAGAAAAGAACUGUUAAAAGGAGAAAAUUAUUGGUUUCUAAUGGUUCUUAUAAGAACCCUGCGAAAUUUACUCCGACAAAUGACAGAUCUUUCCCACCAAUAAAUAAUAAUCCAAUUGCAUUUCAAAAGUUUCAUUCAUCGAUAGGUUCCCCCGUAAGACUAUCAACAGCUUCUGUUAUUAAUGAUAGCUGCACUGAUAAAUCGAGUGAAGCUCAUAGUCAUAGUAUAAAUAAUGCAUUUAAUGAAACUACCCUUCUAACAACUCCUUCAUCAAAAUCAUAUAAGGAGAAAGAGGUACUUAUCAAUAAUAAAAUCCAGACAACACCAAUGAGUGUAAAAGCUGCAAAAUCAUUGAUUUCUUUAUUCACUAGUAAUAGACAGUAA